AUGAACACUCAGGAGUUGCUCAGUCCUGCUACUCAGAGAACGCGCCCGGUCGUCUCAUUUCCCGCAUCCCAGUCUCUGCAAGCGUCUGCCGCCCUAAGAGCAGGCGCGGUUCCAACCGGCCUGUCUCGGCUGGAUGAUGCAAUCUCCCCGCUGUCCAUAGAUAAGGGGGAGGAGGUCCCCCAGGGCAUUCCUCAAGGCCAUGUGACGGAAGUGUUCGGUCCUCCUGGUGUGGGAAAGACGUCCUUGGCGCUGAGUGUCAUCUCCAGUGCUUUGCGAACUGGGAGAAAGGCAAUUUGGAUUGGUACUUUUCGAUUCAUGUAUUUUCUUGUUCAGCAGCUAACGCCUCCAGACACUGGAUCUCCCCUUCCACGGAUCCGUCUGCGCAACAUUUUGCAAAGGUCUAUUCAGGAGUCAGGAUCUACUCAAACGGUCGAUGAAUUGGUCGAAAGCUUGGUAUACUUCAGAGCCCAAUCUCUACCCCAUCUUCUCGCACUUCUGUUCCACGCUCCCGGGGGCUUUCCCCAUGACGAUUGUGAUUUGUUGGUCAUUGACUCUGCAUCGGGGCCAUUCCCAUCAUACUUUCCUAACGCAACCGAACUAAAGACACGCCUUGCUGAAUCAAAGAUUGUUGACAAAAAUCAGGUUCAGUGGCUUAUGAACCGAAGUUCGAACGUCACCAGCGACCUGGCAAAUCAACUAACCAAGCUUGCUACAACUCACAAUAUGGCAGUCCUUGUGAUUAAUCAGACUCGUACCAGGAUCAAGGGCCAAGCUCGUGCCACCUUGUGCCCGAUACUAGCAGGUGGAUCAUGGGAGAGGUGUAUCAAUACGCGGAUCGUUAUUUAUCGUGACUUCUCGGCUGCUGAAGAUGGCGCUUCCUACGGUGUUCGGUUUGCGGAAGUGAUGAAAAGAGCUGGAAAGCUGUUGGCUUUGCGACUGGAUGAGAACAUUUCCCCUUUCCAGAUCGAUAAGGUGAGCUCUACGUUCAUUUCCUGCUUUUAA